ACCAACACCUCUCGCACACAAAGCUUCAACCUACUAUACUAGCAUUGACACUUUAACAGGAAAACCACACUUCCUUUCUGACAAUCACAAUACCAGGACCUAGAAAAGUCACACUGGUUAAGAGACUGACAACCAUGGCGGAGUACAAAGACUUCUUGGCUUUGCUCAACGAUGAAAAUGACAUGGAUUAUAACUACACAGACCCCAUCUAUGUUGUGGAUAAACUGGUGAAUCUUUGUGCCACAGCUGAUGUGAACAAAUUUGGAGCCCAGUUCACUCCAAUAUUGUACACCAUCAAUUUCCUGCUGAGCAUCACUGGGAAUGGGCUGGUUCUGUGCAUUAUUUACAAAUACGAGAAGCUCACUUCCAUCACCAACAUCUUCCUCCUCAACCUGGUCAUCUCUGACCUGCUGUUCGCCUCCAGUUUGCCCUUCUGGGCCGUGUACUACUUCUAUGGGUGGAUCUUUGGCCCGGUCAUGUGCAAGCUAGUGGGUAGCGUGUACUUCAUAGGAUUCAACAGCUCCAUCCUCUUCCUCACUCUCAUGACCUUUGACCGGUACCUGGCUGUGGUCCAUGCCAUCAACGCUGCCAAAUGGAGGAGGAAGAUCUAUGCCUGUGUCUCCUCGGCAGUCGUGUGGUGUAUCAGCCUGCUGGCCAGUGUCAAGGAGUUGGUUCUAUACAAUGUCCGGAAGGAUCCUCUUGACGGACACCUUUGUGAGGCAGCUGGUUGGCAGCUGCCAGCUGGUUGGCAGCUGGUUGGUUACUAUCAGCAGUUUGUGAUCUUCUUCCUGUUUCCCUUGGCUAUGAUCAUGUACUGCUAUGUUAGAAUCAUGGUCCGAAUCAUGUCAACCCAGAUGAGAGGGAAGUGCAGGGCAGUCAAGCUGAUUUUCGUGAUUAUAUUCACGUUUUUUGUGUGCUGGACCCCAUACAAUGUUGUAAAUCUAUUGAUAGCCCUCCAGAUCUCCACCAGUGAUGAUUCUGAGCCGUGUUCUGAAGCGCUUAACUACGCUCUGUAUGUCACUAGGAAUAUAGCAUACCUCUACUGUUGUGUGAGCCCUGUCUUUUACACGUUUGUUGGGAAAAAGUUUCAGAGUCAUUUCAGGAAACUACUUGCAAAGCGCAUCCCAUGUCUGAAGAGACAUAUACUGACUAGCCAAAGUAGCAACAGUAGAAGAACUUCUCAGAAAAGUCCACAUACCAUGUAUGAAUAUGAGAAAGGAACUGGUCUUCAAACCAGAGUAUAGGUUCCGGUACCCAUUUUGGGUGCCGGUACUGUUUAAAUUUAGGUGCAGGAUCGCCACAAUACUUUUGAGCUAAUAUUCUUUUUUUUACCCCCUUUUUAAUUACAAUCUUGUCUCCUUGCUGCAACUCCCCAACGGGCUCGGGAGAGGCGAAGGUCGAGUCAUGCCUCCUCCGAAACAUGACCCGCCAAACUGCGCUCCUUAACCCGGCUGUACCAAUAUGUCGGAGGAAACACAGCUCAUCUGAAGAUCCCAGCCAAUAUCUCCCCUAAAUCAGAUGGCCAAUUGUGCGCCCUUGUGCGCCGCCCACAACCGGUCAGGGCCGGUUGUGACACAGCCUGCGAUCAAACCCAGGGCUGUAGUGACGCCUGAAGCAUUGCGAUGCAAUGCCUUAUAUGGCUGCAUCACUCAGGAGGCCCCUUGAGUUAAUAUUCUAUAAGAGGAACAGGAGCUCAAGCAGUAGAACAUUUUAGAUGCCAGUACUUACAGUAGCUCUGGUGAGCUCCUGCCAGGUCAAAAACAUGCCAUUUAGCAGACACUUUUAUCCAAAGUGACUUACAGUCAUGCUUGCAUACAUUUCACAUAUGGGUGGUCCCAGAAGUUGAAUCCACAAUCCUGGCGUUGGAAGUGUCAUGCUCUACCAGGUUGAGCUACAGAGGACAAACUGUUGAUAUGGUUUGUAAAUGAUGUACAAGAUGCCUGAUAAGGUAUAUGUUUUCCAUGAUGUUUAGCUUUGUUUGCAUGCUUUGAGAAGGGUUUUAUGUUAAUGUUCUCAGGGAAUUUCAGCACAACUCAAUGUGUACAUGCAAUUACAAUUAUGUGUAGUUUUGCUUCUGACUUGAUGUACUCAACAUUUGUUGCUAAAUUGUAAGUUACAAUACAAAUUACAUUUUAAAUCAUUUGAUUCUAUAAAAUAAAGUGUACAUUUUAUUUGCUUCAGGAACUUGAGAUGUUACUAUCUGCAUUAAAUUGUUGAUAAAAUAAAAAAUAUAUUUGUGCCUUGUGGCUCUGAAUGUUGAGCAACUGAAUAUCGGUCUACCUGUUGAGAGAGAUGCAUAUGUAGCAGUGUGAUGUUGUUCCCCUAGAUUACGCACCAAAUUGCACACAAGGACCAAUUCAAAUAGGCCAGGUCAAGAGGGGAUGUUAAUAAUCUGGUAAUAAUAAUAAUAAUUCAGUGUAUUUUUUUAUUUAAUUACAGCUGCAUAGCUAAUGUUUUUAUUUGGUGUACAAACACUUUUUCAUACCAAUAUUGUACAUACAAGUGAUUGUAAAAGUUUUGUAUAUUUUGGUCUGGCCCAUCGCGGGUUAUCUGUAUCCCCAUACCACUUUAUCAUUCUCUUUUGCCUGACACUCGGCUAGCAAGGUAUGUUGUCCUUGGCUCCGAAACUGUUUAAUAUAAAACCGUCAUAAGGUUAUACAAUGUACUGUUUUGCAACCAUACGUUUGUUAUAGUGUGGACAGUGUAGGAAUUUAUGUUAACAAGUUUCACAGAGCUCACUGACUGGGGUAUCUGUUGUAACUUCUAAGUACUUGUGACAGUGGUUGAGUGAGUGUACAUGUGCUCGCGCAGGUGCCGGAUAGCUGUGACUGCACCAAGGGUAACGUGUGUGUUGUCUCUUCGUGUGCAGGUAUGUCUUUUAUUUUGUCAGAAUUAUGUUCUGUAUAGUUUUACUUGUAUAUGCUGUUGUGCAGCGAGUGUGCACGCAGCACCUGUUAAUUCCUUUUGGCGCGCUCUUUUGCCUGACACUCGGCUAGCAAGGUGCCGGAUAGCUGUGACUGCACCAAGGGUAACGUGUGUGUUGUCUCUUCGUGUGCAGGGCAAAUAAAAAGAUUUCAACGAGCAGAC